CCAAUAGAAUGUGUUUUUUUAUUUCAGGUCUCUGACACCCUGGCAAGUCAUAACUAUUGGCAUUGGGCUCUAUACUUCAUCGAGAAGGGGGACUAUGAAGCUGCUCUGCAGAUAUAUGAUUCUCAGGUGUUCAAACGUUGUAAAGCUUCAGGAUCCAUGUUGGACACUGUGGACUCCAGUUCAAUGCUCUAUAGACUGGAAAUGGAAGGUGUGUGCACAAAGGAUCGUUGGCAAGAGUUGUUUCAGGUAACACAGCCUCACAACGAUGACCAUGUGACCUUGUUCAAUGACCUCCAUUUCCUCAUGGUGUCGCUUGGAGCCAAAGAAAGUGGGACUUCUCACCGUCUGCUGGAGGGCCUCCAGGAGUUGGCUAAGGAACCAGGGGAAAAUGAGCAGCAUCAGCGAGCGGGACCAAUAGGAAUCCCCAUGUGUAAGGCUUUUAUUGAAUAUGACCAAGGAAACUACAGCAAUGCAGUGGAGCUCCUGUACCCUUUACGCUACAAAAUUGUAGACAUCGGCGGCAGCGAUGCUCAGAGAGAUGUCUUUAAUCAGCUACUUAUUCAGGCGGCAAUGAAGUCGGACAACAAGCAUCACCAGAAACUGGGGAGAUGUCUUCUGGUCGAGCGUGAUGCUGUGAGACCAAACUCCCCUCUGACUCAUCGUCUGAUGCAAAGUGCCCUCUCUCUCCAUGCCUAAGACUGCUGGGCAUCCGGAAUCCCCUAUGAAAAAAAAAUAAAGUGAAAAUUGACCAAAAA